AUGAAGUCUGUCGCAGCACUUGUUCUUACCACCCUGGUGUCGACCACGCUGGCCUCGUCCCACGCCUCGAACUCUGCCCUUCGACGACACCACAAACAGGGUCCUGUCACCCACGAGCAGGCCCUCGCCAAGCGUGCUACCUACUCUGGCAUGGCCACCUGGUACGACGUCGGCACUGGUAACGCUGGUGCUUGCGGUCAGUUCCUCAACCCCAACGAUCAUGUGGUCGCUUUGAACCAGCCUAUGUACGGCGACCUGGGUCAGCGGUCUUCGUGGUGCGGAAAGACCAUCGUCAUUUCCAACGGUGUCAAGACUGCAACCGCGCGCGUCGAAGACGCUUGCCCCACGGGUGGAGGAAACUGCUUCUACGGCUCGCUCGACAUGAGUGUCGGUCUCUUCACCGAGUUCACAGGCCUCGGUACUGGUGUCUUCCCCAUCACAUGGUGGCCCGCAGGCGAAAAUGGAGAUUCAGGCGGAAACAACAACGGCAAUGGUGGAGGAAACGACGACAGCGGCAACAAUGAUAAUGACGACAACGGUGCUGCUGCUGCCGCCGCUGCUGCUGCUAGGAAAAAGGCCAAGCAGCAAGCUCAACAAGCUGCUGCUGCUGAAGCAUCUUCCUCUGCCGCCGCCGCCGCUGCCUCGUCGUCAUCGGCUGCUGCUGCCAGCUCGUCUGCUGCUGCUUCUCGCUCCGCCGCCGCUUCUCGCGCUUCUGUCUACUCCGUCACCAAGGCGGCGGCCCGUGCUAGCGCCUCGGCUUCUAGGGCCGCUGCCAAAUCUCGCGCCAGCGUCCGUGCUAGCAAAUCCAGGGCGGCUGCUUCUGCUUCCGCUGCUUCCGUUGCUUCCGCCUCUGCUGCUGCCGCUACACCCACGGGCAACCUCAACAAAUUUGCUAACUUGUACGAUGGUCUCUCCAAGAUCAUUCAGCAGCAGGCUGACUCCUAA